AUGCACUCCCUCAUGAUGCCCCUUCUGCUUGCAUUGCUUGCUCUGACUGCCUUUGCUGCACCCAACCAGCCAAACCAACCCGUCUCAGUCAAAGUUCCCUCCUCUGUCUUCGAGCAGCCUGACAGCCAGGUCAACUCCACAAACCUCCUGCUUCGCGAGUACGAGCAUGUCACCUGCGGCGACUGGGGCGAUGUCAAUGUACCUGAGAUCGAAGUCGGCAUCGACUACCUUCGCGGUGUCAAAGGCGAGCCCCAUCUCGACGCACACACCUGUGAGCGUGUUAGCUGCUCGUGGGACUCGGGUAUCUACUGGUGCAACGACAUGAACCGCCACAGACACCUGCCCGGGUACUAUAACAUUGCUGAUGGCGCCGCCAAGAUUCUCCAGAAUUGCCAGCCUGUAUUUGGAACUACUGGCACUCUUUUUCACAACGAUGACUGGAGAGUUCUUAUCGCACGUCCUUCUAACACUGGAGAUGACAAGAGGUGCUAG